CACGCAGCCGCCGCAAGCCCACCGGCCCCUGGAGGGCGGCGCUGGCGGCCGCACUCGCCGCCGCACUGCCCCGCCUGGCGCCCUGGCAGGUGGCCCGGGCGGCGGUGGCGCUGGCCAAGAUGCGGCUGGCGGCUCCCUUCACGCUGGUGGUGGGGCUGCUGCAGUCGCUGCACUCCCGGCUGCACCUCGCGAGCCCAGCUGACGUGGCGGCACUGGUGUGGGCGUUACGGUUCGUGUCGCUGCCGUACACUCAGCUGCUCGUACGGAUCCACAAGAGGCGGCUGCGCGACCUAGCUGCCGCCACCCAGCCGCACCUGGGCCGCCUGCCCGCGGGUCAGCUGGUGCAGCUGGUGGAGGGGUUCGCGGGGCUGGGGCUGCUGCCGGGGGAGGAGUGGAUGCGGCUGCACAGAGAGGCCUGUCUUCGCCAGCGGGCACGCUUCUCCGAGACCAACCGGCGGAAGAUACGGCAGGCCUAUGCCAAGAUGUGGACGCUGUAGACCAGGGUGCCUGCAGCAGUGGCUGCAGCAGUGCGUUACAGCCACAGCGGGGGCAGGAGGAGCUGGAGGUCCCUCAUACUCUUCUUGCCGACUUGAGGUGGUGAGCUCUCCUUUCUCUGGGCGCAGUUCGACGCACCGUCACAUCCUCGCAAGGCUCGCAUGGUGUGUCAUGAUGGCUGGCUAUGUGUUACAUCUUACAUGUGGCGUUUCCGGCGCUCCCAAGGC